AAGACAUGCAGGGUAGUGGGCCUUGAGGACCAGGGUUGGGGACCUCUGAUCUUUGAGUCCAGCUUGAGUACUCGAGUACAGCUUUUUAGUUGCAUUUUCUUUGAUUUAUAACAAAUUUCUAAAAAAAAAAAAAAAAAAAAAAAACAUUAACAAAAGGACACAAUAUUAGGUACAAAUAUUAUGCUUAUGCAUUAUUACCCUGUCUCUUUGUUCUGUAAAAGGCUAGAGGGACCUUGAGUUAUUUUUAUUUCUUUCUAUCCUUCUUACUUAAUGUUUGUGUAUUUUUUAAACUUGAUUAAAAUCCACAACAUUUAGCUAAAUUUAACAGAAAAAUCAGGCUUACUGAACAGUGUGGCUCACGGACACUGCCAUGGACUGCGUUAGUUGUUAAUAGCUUAUUUAAAAGCGUGAUUUCAUGUUUGGGUGCUCACACAAAGAUGGUUCAAAGUUAAUGCAGAACAAUUUUACGCCAGGGACAAGCUUAAAAAACAAUUAAGGCAUACUCUGACGUAACUACCAUUGUGCUGUCAUUCUGAUAAUAAACUGGUGUCAAGAGUGCCGCGCGCUGAGCUCGACGGUGUCUGAAUCUUGAUUUGAUUAAUUUGGUCUUGUAGAGCCUCGAGGACGCAAACAGGAAGUAAACAGUCGGAGCACCAAAAGCACAGGAAAGCAGAGCAAUGUCACGCUUUUUUUUAUCAAACUUUUUUUGUAACAGCUGCGUCCAGCUAGCAGCACGCGAGUCUUUCUUUAGGAUAACGCGAUCAGGAGCGCGAGCAAGGCCGCAAAAGACAGAUAGUCUUUUUUUUCAGACACAAAGACGUUAUGUUGGAAGUUCAGUUCAUUGUAAAUGUCAGUCAAAGUCUAGGAUGUGGAUGUGUGGGAUUGGUGUUGGAAUCGCUUUAGCCGUCGGACUGAAGUACAGCUCUGACCCUGCUAACAGUUCCUGUGACGAUAAAGUUGGAAAAGCAGUAAAGACCGAUCGAUACAGCGAUGCCAUAAAAGUCAGCAGAGACCUUGUGGAGCGGAUAAAGGUAGGCACGGAGGCUGAGGUCGGAGCUCCUGGUCUGGUUGUUGGGGUUUCUGUGGAUGGUACUCCGGUCUGGUGUGAAGGGAUUGGUUAUGCUGAUUUGGAGAAUCGUGUACCUUGCACUCCAGAAACGGUGAUGCGCAUUGCCAGCAUCAGUAAACCCCUCACAUCUGCAGCUGUUGCAAGACUGUGUGAGGAUGGGAAACUUGAUCUUGAUGUCCCUGUCCAGAAAUAUGUCCCAGAGUUCCCCCAGAAACAGUUUGACAGACAAGAUGUCACAAUAACCCCUCGUAUGAUUUUGUCACAUCUAAGUGGUAUACGGCACUAUGAGAAGGAUGCAAAGAAAGUGAAAGAGGACAAAGAGAAAGCUAAGCGACUUUUAAAGCCACCUGUUGAAGAAAAAGAGAAUGAGAAGAGCUCAACUGAAAACAAAGAUAAACCAACAGAUCAGAACACUAAAGGCAAAGACUCCAAUCAGGCUCAGAGGAAAAAAGAGUUUGAACAUGAGGAGUACUACUUAAAGGAAAACUUUGAAAGUGUCAUUCAGGCUUUGGAUCUUUUUAAGGAUGACCCACUCAUAUUCAAACCUGGCACAACUUUCCUGUACUCCACUCAUGCCUUCACCUUGCUCAGUGCUGCUGUAGAGCGUGCUGCUAGCCAGCGCUUUCUGGAUGUCAUGAUGAACAUGUUCCGUGAGCUGGGAAUGCUCAACACAGUUCCCGAUGAGAAUGACCCUAUUAUUUACCACCGCUCCAGAUUUUAUCAUUUCAACAAAAGAGGACGUGUUGUGAACUGCCCGUAUGUAGACAACUCGUACAAAUGGGCUGGAGGGGGCUUCCUUUCCACAGUGGGGGAUCUGCUGCUGUUCGGCAACGCUCUGCUCUAUAGCUACCAGGUGGCCCACCUCAAGGGCACUAAGGGCUUGCUCCCUGGUUUUCUCAAACCUGAAACAGCCAUAGAGCUGUGGGCACCUGUUGACAAGACGGAGGCCAGCUGGGAUAAAGAUGGACUGUAUGCCCAAGGCUGGCUGGUAGUGGAGAAGUUGCAGAAUUAUGGCCAGUGCAGGAAGCGCAGACACUAUGUUUCACACACAGGAGGAGCUGUGGGGGCCAGCAGUGUCCUUUUGGUGUUACCCAGUGAAGAGAUAAACCAGAGUCAAGGACAGACCCAUGUCCUCCCACAAGGGGUAGUUGUCACUAUCAUCACUAACUUGCAGUCUGUGGGACUGAACAGCACUGCAUUGAAAAUUGCACAAGAGUUUGACAAAGCCCGAAGUGUGUUAGAAUAAGUUGUUUACAAAACAUACAAGUUUACAGGUCACUGAAAGAUUUCAGAUAAAUGUCUUAUUUUGAUACACAUUUUAAAUGUCUUGUUUGUGCUUCACCGAAUGAAAUAAAUGUAUUUUGGAUUACA